AUGAGCGGAAUUACAGAAGCAGAAAGACAUCAAUACUUUCAAGUCUUUACCUCACUUGGGCCAUCACCCAGUGGACAUUUAUCAGGUACACAGGCAAGAAAUUGGCUCUUAAACUCAAAUCUUCCAGUGCAAUGGUUAGAAAAAAUAUGGGACCUUUGUGAUAUUGAUAAAGAUGGUCAACUGGACUUUGAAGAGUUCGCAGUUACAUACAGAUUGGUGAAAGAUUUAUUGGAUAGAUCAUAUACAAGUGUACCAUCAUCACUUCCAUCUCGUUUAAUUCCACCCAGUAAAGCUCAUUUAUUAGGAGGAGGAGGAGGAUUUAGUGGUAGCAAUUCUUCCUUAGGUUUAAGUAAUACUGGAAUGUAUUCACAAUCAAUGAGUCCAAUUCCACAAUCAAUAAGUCCAAUCCCUCAAACAAAUAUUGGUCAAAUUCAACAAGGAAUACCGAAUAUAGUACCUUCUUAUCAAAUUUCCCAACAUUUACCACAAUCAAUUUAUGGCAGUUUUCCUACUGCACCGCUUUCGGAUGAUUUUGAUUGGUACAUGCCACCCGCUGAUAAAUUUAAUUAUGAAAAUGAAUAUUCUAGAAAUAUUGGGCCACAUGUCUCUAAUUUUGAUGACUUAUAUCAACGACUCGGAAUACCAAGAGAACAGUGUAUCGCUGCAUGGAGUAUGGUUGAUGUUAAUUUUGAUCAACAAUUAGGCAAAGAUCAAUGCCUUGUAUUUUUACAUAUAUUAAAUCAACGAAGUAAAGGCAAACGUAUACCCGAUAGUUUGCCCAGUGCUUUAAAAACUUCUCUCAUGAGGGGUAAACUUAAUUACAAUUAUAACGAAACAGUUGAUCCUUCAUUGAAAUAUAAAUCAUCUGAUGGCGGAUCACAAAAAGAAAAAUUACAAAGAGAACUUGAUGAUUUAAAUGAAAAAAUUAAAAAGGCCGAGGAAACAGCUUUAUCCACAUACACCAAUGCACUUUCAAGUUCAUCAUCCGCUGGAGAUUCCGGAACUGCAUCCGAAUUUAAACAAUUGUAUGAAUAUAAACAAUCAAAACUUGCGGAGGUGAAAGAAAAAGAACAAUUAAAUAGAACAUUAGAAGAUUAUAUUCGUAAAGAGAGACUUGCGACUCGAGAAUUACGGGAUAUGAUGCAAUCCUUGAAAAAUCAAGUUUCAUUACUGGAGAAUAAUUCGGAAUCAAGUCAAUCCGAGUAUAAUAGACUUCAACAGGAAAUUUCCAGUGCAAAACUUGGUCGAUGA